UGGAACGACUAGCACGUCGCGCCGUACACAACGAUAUAAUUCUCGUGAUUUUAUACGAGUUAUGCCGUAAUAUUUUUAUUUAUUUCCGGCAAGCGAUGACUGUAAUCAUUAUUGAUACAAAAUCUAUCUCAAUUUUUCUUCUUCUUUAAUUUCAAUAUAUUCAAAUUUCCGUGAAGAUGUUAGAACAACUAAAAAAAAAGCUGAAAAUAAAAUAAAAAUAAAGUGAGAUAAUAAUUUCAAAGUGAUCGUGCAAUAUAAACACAUACAGGUUUUAAAAUGCUACCUAAGUAUAUCGCCACUAGUGUUUUAACACUUGUUUUGAUUUUCGCUGAUUACUUAUGUAGUUCAGUUGGAAGUAUGGAAAUUAACAUUGCUCAUAAACUAUGCAAAUGUUUUAACACAACCAAUGAUAAUGGAUCGAUUAAAUGUAUAUGUGUUCAAAAUGAACUUAAAGAAAUUCCAAAUGACCUGCCAACUCCUUUACACGAACUGAUAAUUGGAAAGGCUUCAAUUGAAAAUUUAACAAAGGAUUCAUUCAAAAACUACAGAACAAGCCUUAGAGAUAUAACAUUAAGAGAUCUAAAAAAUUUAGCUUACAUAGAAAAUGGAAUUUUUGAUAAAAUGGAACAACUACGAACUAUUGUUAUUCAUAUCGCGCCAAAACUGAAGGUGAUUUCUCCAUCUCUAUUCGACGUGGAUUUACCUAGAUUGAAAAUCUUAGGAAUCGUUCGAACAGGAAUCAAGAAACUACCUAAUCUAAGUUUGUUGAAGACUAAACAGCAUCUUCAUAUAGUAGACUUCGAAAGCAAUCAAAUAGAAAAAUUGAUUCCUGGAGAACUGUCGAUCAGCGCAGAGCAACUUCAACUCAACUAUAAUUAUAUUACCGAAGUAGGACCAUUGGCUUUCAAAGACGCCGAAAUUGCCACAGUUAACCUGAGAGGCAAUCGAAAACUCCAAAAACUGGACGCUCAAGCUUUCGUUGGAAUUAAAAGUCUUCGCAAUCUAGACUUGUCAGAAACAUCAAUCCAGAAUUUGCCUACAGCUGGUCUCGAAGAACUAGAUGUUUUGAAAAUCGAAAAAACGUACACUAUGAACGUUUUUCCGUCCAUCUACAACUUUAAGAGCAUUAAAGAAGCAUGGCUGACAUAUCCGUAUCACUGCUGUGCUUUUCAUUUUCCUAAAACACACAAUCCGCAAGGAUACGCAAAUCACGAGAAACUUCUACAAAAAAUGUUACAUGAAUGCAAAAGUAUACCAUUUGUAGACCCGAUUUCUACGGUAAAAACAAUUCACUCAACAACGGAGAAUUUUAUCGGCGACGAAAUGUUUCAUUCAGGCGACGUGACAGUUGGUACCAAAGUUGACGUAGUUUGUGGCAACGUGUCAAAGAACUAUCUAGAAGUCAAGUGUUAUCCGGAACCGGACGCGUUCAACCCGUGCGAGGACCUGAUGGGAAACUGGACAUUACGAGUGGCCGUGUGGAUCGUGGCCGUGGCCGCCUUGCUGGGAAACAUGGCCGUGUUGUUCGUGUUGCUCAGCAGUCGAUUCCGAUUGACUGUACCUAAGUUCCUAAUGUGCAACUUGGCCAUGGCUGAUUUUUGCAUGGGUCUCUACCUGUUAUUGAUCGCCGUUAUGGAUGCUCGAUCGAUCGGACAUUACUUCAAUCACGCCAUAUUCUGGCAGAGAGGUAUCGGUUGCCAAGUCGCCGGUUUUCUGACUGUGUUUUCGUGCAUGCUGUCUGUGUUUACUUUGAUGAUCAUCACCGGCGAACGUUGGUACACUAUCACUUACGCCAUUCACCUGAAUCGCCGGCUCAAGCUCGGUGCCUCCAUCAACAUAAUGGCCGUUGGUUGGUUGUUCUCGCUGUUUAUGGGUGCGUUGCCACUGAUGGGUACCAGUGGUUACUCGAAGACCAGCAUUUGCCUGCCCAUGGACUACUCGACGUUCGCGGACAAGGUUUACCUGUUCUCGUUGCUGACGUUCAACGGCAUGGCGUUCGUGUUGAUAUGCGCGUGCUACGCCAAGAUGUACGCGUCCAUCAGGGGCGGCCAGGAAGCGGUGGCGUCGGUGGCCCGGUCCGACAUGACGGUGGCCAAGCGCAUGGCCCUGCUGGUGUUCACCGACUUCGCGUGCUGGGCGCCGGUGGCGUUCUUCGGGCUGACCGCGCUCGCCGGUUACCCGCUCAUCGACGUGCCCAAGACCAAGAUCCUGCUGGUGUUCUUCUACCCGCUCAACUCGUGCGCGAACCCGUACCUGUACGCGCUGCUCACGCAACAGUACCGCCGCGACCUGUUCGUGUUGCUCAGCCGGUUCGGCGUGUGCAACCGCCGCGCGGACGAGUACAAGGGCACGGGCCCGGUGCCGUACGGCCGUCGCAAGGCCCACUGCAACGACGCGCAGCGGCACCGGGACCGCCGGGGCUACGGCGGGGGCGGCGGCGGCGGUUUCGUCGGCGGCGGCGGCGCUGGCGACGACGACGCCGGACAGGCGGCGGUGGGGCGGCAGCGCGGCCGAUCUCACCGCGGUUCGGUGAUGACCACCGUCACGUCCGUGUCGGUGGUCGCGGGCCGGCCCGGGUCGUUGACGCCGCUCCAGGAGCAGCUCAACUGCAACGUCGAGUACGGGGCGCGUCGCGCGCACUCGCCGCCGCACACGCCGUCGCCGGUGCAGCAACCGCCGCUGACGACGCCGCUGCAACAGAACUUGGAACUGAUGCCGCUGCACUGCGGCGGCGGCGGCGGCGGCAACAGCAGAGGCGGCUGCGACAACGACGACUACGACGAUUCCGUUUCGGUGAUUUCGAUGCACCGUCUGAGACAGAAAUCGCGUGACGCGUUCGGCGAGUAACGCGCCGACACUGACAUUUCGGCCGCCAACGAUCAGCCCCGUCCAAUACAAAUCGCCGCCGCCCGUCGCGUAUUCAACAACAGUCUCGUGGCCACUGAUAUCACGCGGCGCGGACCAGAUCUUACGCGCGAAUUUCGUCUGCCGUGUUUUACUGACGAGACGACAAGACGAUGAUAUUAAAAAAACCACUGGAUUUUUGUAAAAAAAAAAACCACAGUUUUCUCAUUUUUUACCCAGCGUGUACGGAUUUAAGAUACGUAAGUUUAGAUAAGAUAGUACAUUAGUACAUAGGUAUAUUAUAUUAUACACUAUUUAUAAACGGUACACGAGGUUAGACGGAUUUACCAUUUAUUUCUUUUUUAACUUCGUGCUCUCGUCGACUUAUUACACGUGUAGUUAAAUGUAAGUUUUUUUUUUUGAGUAAAAAAAAAAAAGUAACUUAUAGUUAAAA